CAGAAUCUGUCCUUCCCAUUGGCUACUGACUGAUUUAUGACAUCACUAUCCCUCUUAGCCUACCAACACCUGGUAGAAUCCUGGGGUUUCCAAGGGAUUGCCUGUAAACAAAUUUGGAUCAUUACAGGUAACCUGUGACCAGUGACCAGUGAGCUCUCUCUGAUACUGGACACACUCGCUAUUUUGGUCAGAUUAUCGAACAAAGACCACCAUUUAUCUGGCUCAGUUGUAGAGUGGAGUACAGUUACUUCCCCUACAGAGGCCCCCAACCAUGUCAGAAAAUUUCCCAGCUUCACCUCGCUUUGGGACAGAAAGGUCUCUGCAGCCUUCUCUGCCUCUGCUGAGCAACUCCACACACUCAGGAAGGGUGUACAAUACCUCCAGGAUCUCUACCCCAGAUGUGAGUUCAGCAUGGCUUCUGCCAUCAUCACACAACACUUCUCUCCAGCCACUCAUGGGUAACGCUGAUCUUAACCCACAUGCUGGAACAACCAUGCUGACAGUGCUGACUGAGCCAGGACAGAUCUCCACCUUGGCAUCUUCCUAUCAAGGUGCUCUCAAGUGGGAUUUCACUGGAAGCACAGGUGGGAGGGAAGAUGCACUCCAGAAAUUCAAUAUGACUAACAUUGACCAGGACACUACGCUUUCCUCCCUGGUUGUGACAAACCAAUGUGAUAAAAUUUUAGAUCCUAAUGCCAUAGUUCCUUUCUAUCCAACGAUAUCUGCCAGCUUUGUCCAGGUCACACCUCCACAGAUGCCAAAUCAAGGAUACAGCCUGGUACCUUCCUACCAGGAGGGUAGCCAGGUCUAUUACUAUGAGCACAACAGCCUGGGCCCUCUUAUAAUUGGAGAAUUUGGACAGUGUUUGCAGGUCCAUGGCUCUGUGUCCUACCCUGGGAGUCAGAUCUCUGCAAUCCAACCAGAAAUGGUGAUGGUGCUAAAGGAGAUUCAGCCAAGGAAUGUCCAAAUACCACUCUUUACCUCUGCCUUCUCCUAUUCUACAUCUGGUCAAUUCAUGCCAGACAACAGUCUUCCAGUGGUUCAAAUGGAGACGUCCCUGGGAUUGUCACCUUCAGGGCAGAUACAAUGUCAGCUCCAGAGUCCAGAACUCUGCAACACCUUUACCCAGGUUUCUGAGACAAUUCUACCAACUGACAAUGGGGACAGAGCAUUAGCAGCGCCCAUCCACAGUCCUUCAGAAUUGGCCUUGCCUCCAGCUCUGAGUCUAAAAGAAACAGAGAACAAAAAUAUCACUAAGAUGAAAGACGAGUUUUUAAAGACUCUGGAAGCCUAUGAGGGCACAAAAGGAAACCAAGACACACCAGUCAUGACUUUGAAACAUCCUGACUUGCAGCAGCCUCUGCACUGCACUGAUAGUGAGAGUCUAAAGCAGAAGCCUGCUUCUGAUAGUGCCCAUUUGGGAGACACCAGCAUGGGUCCAAAUAAGCUUGUAGGACUAGAAAAUGAGAUUGGAUACAGCUUUGACUUUAAAGACAUCACUACACUGGAGUCAGACAUUCAGCUUCCCCAACUCCUCAACAUGCUCACAGACAUAGACCAGGAUCAGUCCUGUGAAAACUGGAGAGUCAUUAAUAGUUGCUCUGACCAGGUGAGGAAGAAUAAACAUACAUUCUCUGAGCUGCUUGAGGGAGUUCCUCAGGCCAAAAUCCAGCACUGUGACCUGGUAGAGGGAGAAGAGGCUGUAGGUGUUGCUGGAGCUAGUGACAGGGAUUUUGAAAACAUGGCAAAGUGCCUAGCUGGCAAAGCUGCCAAAGUGCCCACCAGCAAGAAUAGAAGAGUCAGAAGACAGCGGCAAGAAAGACCAAAUGGACCAGAGAACAAUGCUAAGAAAACUGAAGAGCUUAAGCAGUCAAGGAACAGAGUCAAAGCAGAAGAGAAGCCCACCUUCUCCAAGACCAAUAGGAAGAGGAAUCCGCCUGAGAGCAGUCAUAACAGCUUCAAGAAGCCUCGAACCCACCUUGGCAUGCACAUGCUGGAGUCUGUGCAGGUCUUCCACCCACUGGGGAAGAAGAGUGGGAAGAAUGAGAAGAAAACUGGCAUCUCCUCCUUUGGGGGUCUAAAAACCUUCACCAGCAACAAAGAUCCAGGCUCAGGCCCAGUUAAUACAACAGUGCUAAACAUGCCAGGUGAGGGCCAGUGUCCUCCUAAAAGUUCAGGGAAGGUUCAGAGAGCAGAGAGCAGAGUGGACAAAGAUUGUCUAUCUCUAUCCCAGUAUGAGCUGCCCCCAGUUGGGAAGGUCAAAUUAGUACCUCUGCCUUCUCCAACCCUUGACAAGCCUCAACCCAGACCUGCUUCUAGAAAGUCCCUUUCCCUGGCUUUAUGCAGGCCCACUGGGACGUACCCUGUGCAGCCUCACUCUCACUCAUCUCAACCUACCACACUCAGGCCAGCCCAACCACCUCCUGUCAGCACUUCUUUGAUGGCCUCUGCCAAGACAGCUCCUCCAAUUUCCUCCAGUGCCACACAACCUAAUGUAAACAACCCCAUCCAGUCUAGUGCUGCACCCCAGUUGUCCACCUCAAGGCCUGCACCACACAGAGCAUCAUCUAACACUUCAUUCCAGAGAGAGCUUGUUACUGAUGCCAGGAACAAGAUGCAAUCACCUCCCAAACCUCAAACCCAAUAUCUGCUGCAAGACUUCAGCCGCCAAUCCAUUCCAUGGAGGAAAGUUGACAUUCUGGGACCAGUUGUCUCACAGCCCAUCACAAAAGAGCAGAGGCCAGAGAGGGAGGCCAUGAAGAAGCAGGCACAACAGCAGCAUGAGAAUGCUGCCAAGAACCCUUCAACUGGAAAACUCCAGGUUUUCCUUCAGAGGGAGUAGGAUAUGGAAAUUUCUCUAUAUUAUGGCUAUGCAAUGUAAGAGCUGCCAAGAUCUUUGUAACAAAGUGUUUUUUGACAUACACUUGAUGUUAAGUUGGUCAUUUUAUUCUAAUGUUUUCUUCACUCUGGUGAUUUAGUUUUAAUUGUAUUCUAUAUGAAAUUAAACUUAAGAAAUAUUUAUUUAAUAUUAAAUCAAUUGAGAAAAUG